AUGUCUGCCCACCAAAAUAACAGUCACGCAAGCAACCAAUUAACCACAAAUCGAGAUAGUGUUCCAAAUCGACGCGUAUCGGACAAUUUUACUUCAUCUCGAUCGUAUGCGCCUGACUAUCAUUCACAAAACUUACUUGUUAGCCAACGUCGCAUAUGUGACCAAUUACGUGAAGAAGCACGAUGCGAUCGUAUUAAAGUAUCACUUGUUUGCAAAGAUCUUGUUCGUUAUGUUACGGAUCAUCAAUCAAGUGAUGCACUAGUCGUGGGUUUUCAAUCGCCGAAAGACAAUCCAUAUCGUGACAAACAACAAUGUUCAUUACUGUAA